AGGUGGUACUGGUGCAAAAACAGUUUAGCAAUGGAUCAAAGGAAAAAUGACAGUUUUGUUCCAAGUAUCACGCAGCUGGAAGACUUCCUAACAGAACAUGACUCCAAUGUCGUUUGGCUGUUAGUAGCAACAAUACUGUCUUGUGGAUGGAUUAUCUACCUAACUUAUUAUAAUUCCCGGAACAUUGGACUCAUUUUAACAUUGGUUCUUAACAGAUUAUAUAAACAUGGCUACAUCCAUAUUGGUUCCUUUUCGUUCUCUGUGCUGUCUGGAAAAGUCAUGGUCCGUGAAAUCUAUUUCAUCACAGAAGACAUGUCUAUCAGAAUUCAAGAUGGAUUUAUCAUAUUUCGGUGGUGGAAGAUGUACAACCCUAAGCAGAAACAGCAUGAUCCAAAGGCAGAAACACGACUGUAUAUUAUGGUGAACGACUUUGAAUUUCACGUGUACAACCGUUCCGAGCUUUAUGGACAACUUCAAGAACUAUUUGGCUUGGAUCCCACAAUAAUUCCAACAAAGAAAGACGAUGAAAAAGCACAAGUAAACGGGAGGCAGAGAACACAUACCAAUCUUGAAAGUGUUAAAGUAAAAACAGAAUCUCAAGACCCUUCUUCUUCAUGGAGGUCGCUUAUUCCAGUCAUUAAAGUCAAUGUGAGCACGGGUCGCUUGGCAUUUGGGAAUCAUUAUCAGCCACAAACACUUUGUAUUAACUUUGAUGAUGCUUUUUUGACAUAUACCACAAAACCACCUUCGAGCCACCUUGAUCAGUUUAUGCACAUUGUGAAAGGAAAAUUGGAAAAUGUUAGAGUGAUGCUGGUUCCAAGUCCAAGAUAUGUUGGUCUUCAAAACGAUGAACCACCGAGGCUGAUGGGUGAAGGUUUUGUUGUAAUGCAGUCCAAUGAUGUUGAUAUCUAUUACUAUAUGGAUGAGCCAGGUCUUGUACCAGAGGAGACGGAGGAAAGUAAUGAUGGAGAAGCAAACAACGAAGACAGCAAAUUACAGGAUCUGCCUCCAUGCUGGGGUUUGGACAUUGUUUGUGGAAAAGGAACAGAUUUCAACUAUGGACCGUGGGCUGACAGGCAGAGGGAUUGCUUGUGGAAGUUUUUCUUUCCACCAGACUACCAAGUUAUGAAAGUCUCAGAAAUUGCACAGCCUGGGAAACCAAGACAGAUCCUUGCUUUUGAACUGCGGAUGAAUAUUAUUGCAGAUGCCACCAUUGAUUUGCUUUUUACCAAAAAUAGGGAAACUAAUGCUGUACAUGUAAAUGUUGGUGCAGGAUCAUAUUUGGAAAUAAAUAUUCCCAUGACAGUAGGUGAAAACGGCUAUUCACCUACAAUUAAAGGGCAGCUUCUGCAUGUUGAUGCCACCAGCAGUAUGCAAUAUCGGACUCUCUUGGAAGCUGAAAUGCUAGCUUUUCAUAUUAAUGCCAGCUAUCCCCGGAUAUGGAACAUGCCACAGACAUGGCAGUGUGAACUUGAGGUUUAUAAAGCAACAUAUCACUUUAUCUUUGCUCAGAAAAGCUUCUUUACAGAUUUGAUCCAAGACUGGUCCAGUGAUAGCGCACCGGAUAUUUUUUCAUUUGUUCCUUAUAUGUGGAACUUCAAAGUCAUGUUUCAUCAGUUUGAAAUGAUUUGGGCAGCAAAUCAGCACAACUGGAUUGACUGUUCUACCAAACAGCAAGAAAAUGUUUAUCUAGCAGCUUGUGGAGAGACACUGAACAUUGUUUUCUCUCUGCCUUUCACUGACUUUGUUCCAACCACAUGUAAUACUAGAUUCUCUUUAAGGGGAGAAGAUGUUGAUCUUCAUUUGUACCUACCAGAUUGUCAUCCUAGUAAAUAUUCCCUUUUUAUGUUGGUGAAAGAUUGUCAGCCUAAUAAAAUAAGUCCUGAAUCUUGUAUUUCUGCUGAGUGUCAAAGUGGUCAGAAAACAGGCAAACCCAAAUGGAGGAACAUUACUCAAGAAGAGGCUGGAUGGGUCGAAUGCUGGACUGUCCCGAGUGUUGUGUUUACAAUUGACUACUCGUGGCACCCAAUUUAUCCUCAAAAGGCAGAUGAGCAGUUAAAACAAUCCUUGUCAGAAAUGGAAGAAACAAUGUUAUCUGUGCUAAGGCCGUCGCAGAAAACAGCCGACAGCGUGAUUUCAUCUCCCACAGCUUCAACCCGGCUUCCCCUCGACCCCUCAGAGCUGCCCCCGGAUAAGCUCCAUGUGGAACUGGAACUCUCUCCAGAUUCCCAGCUGACCCUGUAUGGACCCCUGCUCAAAGCCUUUCUGUCCAUAAAGGAAAAUUAUUUUGGAGAAGAUGACAUGUACACUGAUUUUGAAGAAGUUAUUUCAAGCCCUGUUUUGUCACUGUCAACAUCUUCAAGCUCUGGAUGGACAGCUGUUGGAGUGGAAAACGACAAAAAAGAAAAUGAAAGUUCAGUGAAGCCAGUUCACCCCCUUACUUUACGCCCGUGGGAUAUCACUGUGCUUGUUAAUUUGUACAAAGUGCAUGGGCGAUUACCAGUGCAUUGCAGUCCAGAUGGGCCUGAGUGCCCUACAGCUUUCUUGGAAAGGUUGUGUUUUGAGAUGAAGAAAGGUUUUAGAGAAACAAUGCUUCAACUUGUACUGUCUCCAGUGAAUUUGUUUCUGAAUGACAACUAUCAGGUACGACCUGCAGUGGAUGAAGUUCUUCGAGAGGGUCACAUCAGCCUGUCAGGCCUGCAGCUGCGUGCUCACGCCAUGUUUUCAGCAGAAGGUCUGCCUCUUGGAAGUGAUACCUUAGAAUACGCGUGGCUGAUCGAUGUACAGGCUGGAAGUCUUACAGCCAAAGUUACGGCACCCCAGCUUGCCUGUCUUCUGGAAUGGGGGCAGACCUUUGUAUUUCAUGUGGUGUGCCGGGAGUUUGAACUGGAAAGGCCAAAAUCUGUAAUAAUAUGCCAGCAUGGAAUUGAUCGUCGGUUUUGUGACUCUAAGAUGAACUGUGUCCCUGGGCCAUGCCCAACAUCUGAUGACUUAAAGUACACUAUGACACGCCUAGCCAUGGAUGGAGCAGAUCUGUAUGUUGUAGAACAUGGCUGUGCCACCAAUAUAAAGAUGGGUGCUGUGCGUAUUGCAAACUGCAACCUCCACAACCAGUCUGUUGGAGAAGGUGUCAGUGCUGCUAUUCAAGACUUUCAGCUGAGGCAAUAUGUUGAGCAGGUGAACAAUUGCAGAACUGGUCUGCAGCCAAUAUUAAGGAGGGCGUAUUGGCUGGAAGCUGGCUCUGUCAACUUGGGGCUCAUCACUGCUGACAUCGCUUUAGCUGCAGAUCAUCCUUCUAAACAUGAAGUGCAGAGGCAUUUCUUAGAAACGCAUGAUAACCGAACUAAGAGAUUGUGGUUUUUGUGGCCUGAUGAUAAUUUGAGGAAUAAGAGAAGCAAGAACAAGUGUGGCUGUCUUGGUGGUUGUCGAUUCUUCGGUGGCACAUUAACAGGACUAGAUUUUUUUAAACUUGAGGAGCUGACGCCUUCAAGCAGCUCUGCCUUCUCAAGUACGAGUGCAGAAUCUGAUAUGUUUUAUGGACAGUCUUUACUGCAGCCAGGAGAAUGGAUAAUUACUAAGGAGAUUCCUAAAAUUUUAGAUGGUAAAGCAAAUGGUGUAAAACGAAAAGAUUGGGAUUGCAGAUCCGUGGGUAUAGAAAUCGAAAGAAAAGCACAACAUCUAAGCUUGCAAGUACCACUGCGCUCCCACAGCUCCUCCUCGUCUUCGGAGGAAACGAGCAGUUCUAGCGCUGCGCUCCCCUUGCUGGCAGGUGAGAAGGACAGCCCGUCGUCAGCUGCUGAGGAUCACCUGGGGCAGAAGGAGUUCUUGUCUGGUGCAAAAAGGGAAGAUGGUCAUGGAAGUGUUGCAGCUGAGGGUGCAGAGGGCAGCCCUGCGUCCCCUGGCAACCAGGAAAGGCCUGUUGGUCAGUCUCCCCUGAGGUCUCCGCUGAAACGCCAAGCGUCCGUGUGCUCCACCCGGCUCGGGAGCACCAAGAGCCUCACGGCAGCCUUCUACGGAGACAAGCAGCCUGUUCCAGUUGGGGUGCAGUUCAGCAGUGAUGUGUCUCGCAGUGAUGAGAAUGUCUUGGACUCCCCAAAGCAGAGGAGGAGCUUUGGUUCUUUUCCGUAUACUCCAUCUGCAGAUUCAAACUCAUUUCAUCAGUAUCGCUCGAUGGAUUCCAGUAUGUCAAUGGCUGAUAGCGAAGCUUAUUUUUCUGCAGCAGAAGAGUUCGAGCCAAUAAGUAGCGAUGAAGGUCCAGGAACUUAUCCAGGGAGGAAGAGGAGAAAAAAGCAAACUCAGAAAAUUGAAUAUAGUAGGGGGUCUAUUUAUCACAGUGUGGAAGGGCCCUUAACAAGCACAAUCCAUGGAGAAAUUAGUCAAGAUGUUAAAACGUUGCCAAUUAAGACUCAUCCUUCACAGGCUUCAUUUGUUUCGGCUCUGGGAGGAGAAGAUGAGCAUGUUGACAACAUGUAUGUCAUGGAAUCUGAGAAGACUGUGGAAAGUGAGCAAAUAACUUCCCAGCAGCCUGUAAUGGCAUGUUACCAAAAUUAUCUUACACAGUUCCAGGUGAUCAACUGGUCAGUCAAGCAUCCAACUAACAAAAGAACUUCAAAAUCCUCAUUACAUCGUCCUUUAGACCUUGACACGCCAACGAGUGAAGAAAGUUCUUCAUCUUUUGAGCAACUCUCUGUCCCAACUUUUAAGAUUGUUAAACAGGGCCUCACAGCUAAUUCGUUACUGGACAGAGGCAUGCAGCUUACGGGAUCAACGUCUAAUACACCUUAUACUCCUUUGGAAAAGAAGUCUGCAGAAAAUACAGAUGAUGAAACAAUAACAGAAGAAUGGACGUUGGAUCACCCUGUCUUCCAGACACGGACAACAGCAAUAGUAGAAGUAAAAGGAACUGUAGAUGUAGUUCUGACUCCUCUUGUAGCAGAGGCACUGGAUAGGUACAUAGAAGCAAUGGUGCAUUGUGCUAGCUCUCGACACCCUGCAGCAAUCGUUGAUGAUCUGCACUGCAAAGUUCUUCGAGAUGCUGUACAGAACAGCAAAACAAGCUUCUCAGAAAAUUUAUCUUCAAAGCAGGAUAUUAGAGGAACAAAAAUAGAUGCUACCACUACAGGAACAACCACCCAGGGACCAGCACAGACCAAUCUCUCACUUAAGCAAGAUAAUGUGACAAUUAAAGGUCUUCAGGCCAACGUUACUGUACCAAAGGUGAACCUGUGUUUACUACAAGCAUCUGUUGAUGAGUCCCCAGGGGCUUCUUCUGGCAAAACUGUGACUCAUGUCUCAUUAGUAGCUUUGUGUUUUGAUAGAAUUGCUACGCAAGUUCGUAUGAAUAGGGGUAUAGUUGAGGAGCCUUCAAACAAUGCAGAAACUGGGAGGAAUUCUGUCACUUUUGAGCGUUACAUCCAAACCAGUAAAAUGCAGCCCCAGUCGUCUGGUUCACUGAGAUCCAAUGCUGGAGCAGAAAAAGGAAAAGAAAUUGCUGCUAAAUUGAAUAUCCAUCGUGUUCAUGGACAGCUUAGAGGCCUUGAUACAACAGAUAUUGGAACUUGUGCAAUAACAGCUAUUCCUUUUGGGAAAUCAAAAGUUCUUUUUACUUUGGAAGAGUUGGAUGAGUUUGCUUUUGUGGAUGAAACAGAUCAACAAGCUGUUCCGGAUGUAGCUCGAAUUGGUCCUAGUCAAGAGAAGUGGGGUUGGAUAAUGUUUGAGUGUGGAAUUGAAAAUUUAACUAUAAAAGGAGGAAGACAAUCUGGAGCAGUAUUGUAUAAUACGUUUGGAGUCAUGGGUAAAUCAAGAGAUACAGAGAGAGGUGGAUUGCUUGCAUCAAAUAACUCUUCAGAUUCUCCAACUGGUAGUGGUUAUAAUACUGAUGUGUCUGAUGAUAACCUUCCUUGUGAUAGAAUAAGUCCCUCUUCAGAUAUUAAUGGAAAUUCGGUUUCAGAUGAGCAGGAUGAAGGGGUUGAAUCGGAUGAUCUAAAAAAAGAUAUACCCUUGAUGCCUCCUCCCCCUGACUCUUGCAGCAUGAAGUUAACAAUCAAAGAAAUUUGGUUUAGUUUUGCAGCCCCUACCAAUGUGCGCUCUCCAGCCCAUAUAUUUUCAAGGCAGCUGAACCUCCUGAGUACUGCAACACCUGCAGUUGGUGCUUGGCUUGUCCCCAUUGAUCAAGUGAAAUCAUCAUUAAAUAAACUAGAAACCGAAGGAACCCUGCGAAUCUGUGCUGUGAUGGGUUGCAUUAUGACAGAAGCUUUAGAGAAUAAAAGUGUGCACUUUCCUCUGAGAAGCAAGUACAACAGGCUUACCAAAGUGGCUCGUUUCUUGCAAGAAAAUCCAUCUUGUUUGCUGUGUAAUAUAUUGCACCAUUACCUUCAUCAAGCAAAUUACUCCAUUAUUGAGGAUGCCACCAUGGUGACCAACACCUUGGUGACCUUAAAGAAAGGUCUGGUUGCCUUAGCAAGGCAAUGGAUGAAGUUCAUUGUGGUGACCCCAGCCUUUAAAGGAGUCAGCUUACACAGACCAACUCAGCCAGUGAAACUACAGACAAAUGCCUGCCACGAGCAUGAGGAUGGACUGGGAUUAGACAAUGGAGGUGGUCUUCAGAGUGACACAAGUGCCGAUGGAGCAGAGUUUGAAUUUGAUGCAGCUACUGUCAGUGAGCAUACAAUGCUCUUAGAAGGAACAGCUAAUCGUCCUCCACCUGCUGGUGGCUCUUCUGGGCCUGUGACUGGUGCUGAGAUCAUGAGGAAAUUAUCCAAGACUCACACUCACAGUGAUUCUGUUCUGAAAAUAAAGGGUAUACAUCCAUAUCAUUCCUUAAGUUACACGAGUGGAGAUACAGCUACAGAUUCACCAGUGCACGUUGGCCGUUCUGGAAUGGCAGUCAAAGAAAGUCCAAGGAAAGAGAGUCUGCUCAGCUAUCUUACUGGGAGUUUUCCCAGCCUGCAUAAUCUUUUGGAAGGGACUCCUCAAAGAAGUACAACUGCAGUUAAAAGUAGUUCCUUAACAAGAACAGGAAAUACUGUGGCCACAGACAUGUUAUCUGAGCAUCCUUUGCUGUCUGAACCAUCUUCUGUGAGUUUCUAUAACUGGAUGUCAAAUGCUGUGGGCAACAGAGGAAGUGUAGUGCAAGAAAGUCCGGCCACCAAAUCUGGACACAAUAGUCUUCCAACAGGUGUGGCACCCAAUCUGCCUACUAUACCCUCUGCUUCAGACUUCAACACAGUUCUGUCUAGUGACCAGAACACCCUGGAUGGCACACACUCCCAGCACAGCACCAGUCAGGAUGACAUUGCGGGUGUGGAGGAGGGUAACCAGGGGUUUCCCGCUGUUCAGCUAGCAGAUGCACAGGUUGUUUUCAAACCUCUUCUAAGUUACACGGGAAUUCAGUCUCAGGAUGCAAUGCCACUCUGCUACAGAAUGUACUUUGGAGAGUACCUUUCGUUCUCAGGAACUUUGGACUGCCUAAGAGCAGAUAUUGUUGAUUCGGAUACAGCAAAGGAAAGAAAAAGCAAGCGAGCUCGAAGGCAAGGAGCUGUGAAUCUUCCUCCUCUUGAAUUCAAGCCAGCUUUGAUGUUAGAAACUUUCAGUAUUAGUGCUGUCGUGAUGGAGAAGUCCAUGUGCACACCUCAUAACUCCACCAACGCCCUUUCUUUUCAUGACUUGAAUAAACGCUAUUAUAAUACUUUUCACUGCAAUUUCACAAUUUCUUGCCAGUCCAUAAGCCAGCACGUAGAUAUGGCGUUGGUUCGUCUCAUUCAUCAGUUCAGUACAAUGAUUGAUGAUAUCAAAGCCACGCAGACGGACAUCAAGCUUAGCAGAUACACGGCUGGAUCAGCUUCUCCGACACCUACUUUUAAAACGCGCAAACACAGAGACUUCCGCUCUUCUGAUUUCAGCCGCAGCUCUCGAGGAAGUCUUAACGGAGGCAACAGAGUGAACAACACCAAGAACAAACGAACAAACAAUGAGAACAAUAAAAAAGAGUCUCGAAACAAGAAUUCCUUGGGGAGGUCAGAAAGAAGAACUUCUAAAGUAUCCAGGAAAGGUUCAAAAGAUGUGGUUGACCACAUGACUAUUCAUAUGGAUGACUCUGACUCUAUUACCGUGUCGGAACAGAGCGAACCUUCUGCCGAGUGCUGGCAAAAUAUGUAUAAACUAUUGAACUUCUAUUCACUCAUUUCUGAUCCAACUGGCAUUUUAGAAAAGUCUUCUGAAACUUUUGGGCCAACAGGUGUUCGAAGCCCCACCGAACCUGCUUGUAGGGUGGUAUUUGAGAACGAGCAGGAUAACGGCAGAGACGCGCAGAGGAAGCGCAGCCUGGUGACGUCGGAGCCGCAGCACGUGACCCUCAUAGUCUUUGGGAUAGGCAUGGUCAACCGAACCCACCUGGAGGCAGACAUUGGCGGGCUAACGAUGGAGUCUGAGCUGAAGAGAAUCCAUGGCAGUUUCACCCUGAAAGAAAAAAUGAAAGAUGUACUGCAUCAAAAGAUGACUGAGACAUGUGCCACUGCUCACAUAGGAGGUGUCAAUAUAGUCCUGCUGGAGGGAAUUACCCCAAAUAUCCAACUGGAGGAUUUUCCUACAUCUCCUACAAGCACAGCCAAACAAGAGUUUCUAACUGUUGUGAAAUGCAGCAUUGCCAAAUCCCAGGCCCUGUAUAGUGCCCAGAGAGGGUUGAAAACGAACAACGCUGCUGUGGUCAAAGUUGGAGCCAUCAGCAUCAACAUUCCCCAGCACCCUGCCACGCUGCACAGCAUGAUGGUGCGCAGUUCUCACCAGCUCUCCAAGCAGAUUUCGGAUCUCAUCAGGCAGCCGUCGACUGCGCCCCAGCCUACCAAAGAAGAUGUUGCGACUCCUUUGCCCUCUGAAAAGACUCCAACGAGUAUUAAUCAAACUCCUGUUGAAACAAAUGAAUUUCCACAGCUGCCAGAAGGCUUAGAAAAGAAGCCUAUAGUUCUUAAAUUCAGUGCCAUGAUAGAUGGUAUAGCUAUUGGAGCAGCGCUCUUGCCCUCUCUGAAGGCGGAAUAUAAGAUGGGAAGAAUGAGGAGUCAUGGAAUGACAGGUGCCCAAACUAGAUUUAAUUUUGAGCUUCCGAGUCACAGAUUGCGCUUCACUUCAAAAGUCUCUGCCACCGAUAUGUCAACCAUUCCUCCUUCAGCAAGUCUCAACCUUCCCCCUGUCACGAUGUCAGGCAAAUAUAUCAUGGAAGAACAUGAUACUUACUCAGACCAAAGUUGGAGCAUAGAUGAACUACCUGCUAAGCAAGGCUAUUAUCUACAGGGGAACUACUUACGCUGUGUGGCUGAAGUUGGUUCCUUCGAACAUAACCUCACAACUGAUCUUUUAAAUCAUUUAGUGUUUGUGCAAAAAGUGUUCAUGAAGGAAGUAAAUGAAGUCAUACAGAAGGUUUCAGGAGGGGAGCAGCCAAUACCUCUUUGGAAUGAACAUGAUGGUACAACUGAUGGAGAAAAACCAAAAAUUCUUCUUUACUCAUUGAGCCUGCAGUUUAAGGGAAUUCAAGUGACAGCUACAACUCCGUCAAUGCGGGCUGUGAGAUUUGAAACUGGAUUGAUAGAACUUGAACUCUCAAACAGACUGCAAACCAAAGCAAUGCCUGGAAGUAGCAGCUACCUCAAACUGUUUGGGAAAUGCCAGGUGGAUUUAAAUCUGGCACUAGGACAGAUUGUGAAACAUCAGGUUUAUGAAGAAGCUGGCUCAGACUUUCAUCAAGUUGCCUAUUUCAAGACAAGAAUUGGAUUAAGAAAUGCUCUCCGAGAAGAAAUCAGCGGCUCAUCAGAUAGAGAAGCUGUGCUCAUUACUUUGAACAGACCAAUAGUUUUUGCUCAGCCUGUGGCCUUUGAUAGAGCUGUGCUAUUUUGGCUGAACUACAAGGCUGCAUAUGACAACUGGAAUGAACAGAGAAUGGCUUUACAUAAGGAUAUUCAUAUGGCCACAAAAGAAGUAGUAGAUAUGCUGCCUGGAAUCCAACAAACCUCUGCGCAGGCUUUUGGGACCCUCUUUCUUCAGCUGACUGUCAAUGACUUAGGGAUUUGCCUGCCCAUCACAAACACACCUCAGUCUAACCACACUGCAGAUCUCGACACCGGCUCUGCUUUAGUCCUGACUAUUGAAAGCACAUUAAUCACUGCCUGCUCCUCGGAGUCUUUAGUGAGCAAAGGUCAUUUUAAAAACUUCUGUAUCCGCUUUGCUGAUGGCUUUGAGACAAGUUGGGAUGACUGGAAGCCAGAAAUAAGAGGAGAUCUAGUCAUGAAUGCAUGUGUAGUGCCAGAUGGUACAUAUGAAGUAUGUUCUAGGACAACAGGACAGGCUGCAGCAGAAAGUAGUAGUGCUGGAACCUGGACGCUGAAUGUGUUGUGGAAGAUGUGUGGUAUUGAUGUCCACAUGGAUCCAAACAUUGGGAAAAGACUGAAUGCUCUAGGCAACACCCUCACAACGUUGACAGGAGAAGAAGAUAUUGAUGAUAUUGCUGACCUUAACUCUGUAAACAUAGCUGACCUUUCAGAUGAGGAUGAAGUUGACACUAUGUCUCCCACUAUACAUGCAGAAAUUGUUGAUCACCGGCGGCAGGGAGCUUCUAGUAUUCAAACUGGAGAACAGCGGGGAAGAAAAUUUGUGAAACGUUUAGUCGAUAUUAGAGAACUCAAUGAGCAAGCUAAAGUCAUUGAUGACUUAAAAAAAUUAGGUGCAAGUGAAGGAACUAUAAAUCAAGAAAUUCAGCGCUAUCAGCAGCUGGAGUCGGUGGCUGUGAACGAUAUCCGCCGAGACGUUCGUAAAAAGCUGCGUAGAUCCAGUAUGAGGGCUGCCUCUUUGAAAGACAAAUGGGGUCUCAGCUACAAACCCAGCUAUAGCCGAUCUAAGAGUAUUUCAGCAUCAGGAAGACCACCUCUGAAGAGAAUGGACAGAACAAGCUCUCGACUGGGAGACAGUGAAGACCUCCCAGAUAUCCGUGUAGAUGCUGCAUCUCCUGGGCCAAGAGUAACUUUCAACAUACAAGAUUCUUUUCCGGAAGAGACAGAAAUGGACCUUUUGUCUGUAACUAUUGAUGGUCCCUCCCAUUACUCAUCUACUAGUGAAGGCUCAUGCUCGGUAUUUGGUUCACCCAAAACUCCAGUAGUCUUCUCACCCGGCAUUCCCUUCCAGCCUGAAGAAGGACGCCGGGAUGACAGCUUAUCAUCAAGCAGUGAGGACUCUGAGAAGGAGGAUGACCAUGAAAGAGAGAGGACAUAUUUUUAUAGGAAACCACCGAGUACCUCUCGCAAGAAAGCAACAGGCUUCGCUGCUGUCCACCAGCUGUUCACUGAGCGCUGGCCAACAACACCUACCAACAGAAGUAUGACUGGCACAACCACGGAGAGAAAUAUUGACUUUGAACUUGAUAUCAGGGUUGAAAUUGAUUGUGGAAAAUGUGUUCUGCACCCUACAAUGCUUCAGCAGGAGCAUGAUGACAUUAGCUUACGAAGGAGCUACGACCGGAGUUCCAGAAGUUUGGAUCAAGAGUCUCCUUCAAAAAAGAAGAAAUUUCAAACGAAUUAUGCAUCUACUACUCACUUACUUGCUGGCAAGAAAGUGCCAUCAUCUCUACAGACAAAAUCUAGUGAUGUGGAAACAACGGUGUUUUAUAUUCCUGGGGUGGAUGUGAAGUUGCACUACAACUCUAAGACUUUAAAGACUGAAUCGCCAAAUACUUCUCGAGGAUCCUCUUUGCCAAGAACACUUUCCAAAGAGUCCAAGCUGUAUGGUAUGAAAGAUACUGCCACAUCUCCUCCUUUAUCUAGCACUAUCCACAGCAAGACUAACACCUUACUUCCUCCCCAACCCCCACCCAUCCCAUCAGCCAAAGGGAAAGGAAGUGGUGGAGUGAAAACUGCUAAACUAUAUGCAUGGGUUGCACUCCAGUCAUUGCCGGAGGAAAUGGUGAUUAGCCCGUGCUUACUGGACUUUCUAGAGAAAGCUCUUGAAACCAUUCCAAUUACACCCAUUGAAAGGAAUUACACUGCUGUUAGCUCACAGGAUGAAGACAUGGGGCAAUUUGAUAUACAAGAUCCUUUGGAAGAGUCCACAACAUCGUUAGUAUCGUCCUCGACAUCAGCAUAUUCAUCCUUCCCUGUAGAUGUGGUGGUUUACGUACGAGUUCAGCCCUCUCAAAUCAAGUUCAGUUGCUUGCCAGUAUCAAGAGUUGAAUGUAUGCUGAAGUUGCCUUCCCUGGAUCUUGUUUUCUCUUCAAACCGAGGAGAACUGGAAACAUUAGGCACAACAUAUCCAUCAGAUAAUGUGUCAGUUGGUGGCAAUACUUCACAGACUGGCUCCAAGAAUUCAGUCAGUAAAUCUGGAGCACCAGGUUCAUCACCUGGACUGGGCAGCCCUCUGGGCAGAACACGGCACAGCAGCAGUCAGUCAGACUUGACGACUUCUAGUAGCAGCUCUUCAGGCCUGAGUUUUACCGCCUGCAUGUCCGACUUUUCCCUUUACGUGUUCCAUCCAUAUGGAGCUGGAAAACAAAAAUCUGCUGUUACUGUUCUAACCCCUGGAUCGGGAGCCUUAGGUAAUGUGGAUGAGGAACCAACUUCUGUCACUGGCCGGAAGGAUUCUUUGAGCAUUAACCUUGAGUUUGUGAAAGUCAGCCUGUCACGAAUAAGGCGUUCAGGAGGUUCCUCCUUUUUUGAGAGUCAGUCUGCGAGCAAAGCUACCAGCAAGAUAGAUACUACAUUGAUAAACAUAUCCGCUGUCUGUGAUAUAGGAUCUGCUUCCUUUAAAUACGAUAUGCGCCGGCUCAGUGAGAUUCUAGCCUUUCCAAGGGCUUGGUACAGGAGAAGCAUUGCUAGACGGCUUUUCCUAGGUGAUCAGACAAUAAAUCUGCCAGCAUCGGGUCCUGGCACACCAGAUUCGAUUGAAGGGGUAAGCCAGCACCUUUCUCCUGAAUCAUCACGGAAAGCGUACUGCAGGACGUGGGAGCAGCCCUGCCAGUCUGCUUCCUUUACGCACAUGGCACAGUCACCUAAUGUUUUUAGUGAACAUACUGCAAGCAGCAGUAUGUCACCUGGGACAGCAUCUCACAGCUUAAAGUCUCCUGCUGUUACAAGAUCCAGGAGUGUGUCUGACUCUUCAGUGCCUCAGAGAGAUACUCUCUCAAAAACAUCAACUCCAUUUAAUAAAUCAAAUAAAGCUGGAAGCCAGCAAGGAACACCAUGGGAAACACUGGUUGUAUUUGCUAUGAACCUAAAACAAUUAAAUGUUCAAAUGAAUAUGAGCAACGUAAUGGGCAAUACCACGUGGACCACCAGUGGUUUGAAAAGCCAGGGUCGUCUAUCUGUGGGUAGUAGUAGAGAUCGGGAAAUUAGCAUGUCUGUUGGCUUGGGAAGAUCACAGUUGGACUCCAGAGGAGGAGUUGUCGGAGGUACCAUAGAUGUUAAUACCCUGGAGAUGGUGGCUCAUAUUUCUGAACACCCAAACCAACAGCCCAGUCAUAAAAUCCAAAUCACCAUGGGUUCUACUGAAGCACGUGUUGACUAUAUGGGGUCCAGUAUCCUAAUGGGAAUCUUCAGUAAUGCUGAUCUUAAACUACAGGAUGAAUGGAAAAUUAACCUGUAUAAUGCUUUGGACUCGAGCAUCUCUGAUAAAAGUGAGAUAUUUGUCCAUGGGGACUUGAAGUGGGAUAUCUUCCAAGUGAUGAUUUCAAGAUCUACUACACCAGACCUAAUAAAAAUAGGAAUGAAACUCCAGGAGUUCUUUACUCAGCAGUUUGAUACAAGCAAGCGAGCUUUGUCCACCUGGGGACCUGUUCCUUAUCUUCCUCCCAAGACAAUGGCCAACAACUUAGAGAGAAGCUCCCAUGAGCAAUUGUUGGAUGCAGCCCAUCAUCGGCAUUGGCCAGGAGUUUUGAAAGUGCUCUCUGGGUGCCACAUAUCCUUAUUUCAGAUGCCAUUGCCAGAAGAUGGAAUGCAAUUUGGAGGAUCCAUGAGCCUGCACGGAAACCACAUGACGCUGGCUUGUUUUCAUGGGCCUAAUUUCCGCUCAAAAUCGUGGGCCUUAUUUCACCUUGAAGAACCCAAUAUUGCAUUUUGGACAGAAGCCCAGAAAGUUUGGGAAGAUGGCACUAGCGAACACUCCACGUAUAUUGUGCAAACCCUGGACUUUCAUCUGGGUCAUAACACUAUGGUCACCAAACCAUGUGGAGCCCUCGAAAGCCCGAUGGCGACAAUCACAAAGAUAACAAGGCGCCGCCAUGAAAACCCCCCCCACGGAGUUGCCAGCGUGAAAGAGUGGUUCAAUUACGUUACAGCCACAAGGAACGAAGAGUUAAACCUGCUUCGAAACGUUGACGCUAACAACCCGGAGAGCAGCACAACAGUGAAAAGCUCAAGCUUGCUGAGUGGCUUCAGAGGUGGGUCCAGUUACAACCACGAAACUGAAACCAUCUUUGCAUUGCCAAGGAUGCAGCUGGAUUUUAAAUCUAUUCAUGUUCAAGAGCCCCAGGAGCCUUCAUUACAAGAUACAAGUGUUAAACCAAAGGUGGAAUGCAGUGUAGUAACUGAAUUUACAGACCACAUUUGUGUAACUAUGGAUGCUGAAUUGAUCAUGUUUCUGCAUGACUUGGUAUCUGCUUAUCUAAAAGAAAAAGAAAAAGCAAUUUUUCCUCCUCGCAUUUUGGCUGCUCGUCCAGGGCAGAAAAACUCCGUUGGUGUUCUUGAGGACAGCUCCACUGACAAAGAGGCAGAGGAAAGCAUUACGUACACUACAGUCGACUGGAGAGAAUUUAUGUGCAAUACUUGGCAUUUGGAACCCACGCUCAGAUUAAUAUCCUGGACUGGGAGAAAAAUCGAUCCCGUCGGUGUUGACUACAUCCUCCAAAAGCUGGGCUUUCACCACGCAAGGACUACUAUUCCUAAGUGGCUGCAGCGCGGUGUCAUGGAUCCUUUGGACAAAGUUUUGUCGGUCCUUAUAAAAAAACUUGGUACUGCACUACAGGAUGAAAAGGAAAAGAAAGGAAAAGACAAAGAGGAAUACUAAAUAUAAUGUGACAACCGUAAUUCCGUUUGAUUUUAUCAAAGUGUUUUAUUAUAUUUUAAGAAUUUAAAUAUGGUUUAAAGAGAAACCUUAACAGCUUUUUGCUACUCUAUUUAAAACUUACAUUGUGAGUAACUGUUUACUGUGGUACAUGAUACCAUUCUGUAUUUGAAGUUAUUGCAUGAUGAUGACCAAUGUAUAUUCUGUGAAGGAAUAGCUGGAACACUGUAAAUCUGCUCCUCAGCGUCCACUGUUUUAUGUGCAAUAUGAUUCCUGCAUCUUCAAAAUACUUGCAGAUUAACUGUGAAUUUUCAUAAACUAUUUGCCAUAACACAAACCCCUCGUUGAUGUGACCGGUAAAUUGAUCUGUCAAUGUAGACAUGUGUAAAUUAUAUAUAUAUAUAUAUAUAACUUAUGAAACUGUGAUUGCCUUAGUGCUAAAAAUCAUGAAGUUUAUUACACUUGUAAUAAAAUUUAACUACUGUACAGG